CACGUCAGCGCUGCCAGCGUGGAAACGGCGGCGGGGCGCGGGAGGCGGAAGUAGCGCGGGCAGCGCCGUCUCCGUCGGGCGCGCCGCCUUCCCAGCCAUGGACGCGGCCCCGGAGAAGCAGAUAGCAGACCCCACCUUAGCUGAGAUGGGAAAAAACUUGAAGGAGGCCAUGAAGAUGCUGGAGGACGGGCAGAGAAGAACUGAGGAGGAAAAUGGAAAGAAGCCCCCGGCAGGAGACAUUCCCGGGCCGCUCCAAGGCAGUGGACAAGACAUGGUGAGCAUCCUCCAGCUGGUGCAGAAUCUGAUGCAUGGAGAGGAAGAUGAGGAACCCCCAAGCACCCGAAUCCAGAAUAUUGGAGAACAAGGCCAUAUUGCUUUGUUGGGGCAUAGCCUGGGAGCUUAUAUUUCAACUCUAGACAAAGAGAAGCUGCGAAAACUUACAACUAGGAUACUUUCAGACACUACACUGUGGCUCUGCAGGAUUUUCAGGUAUGAAAACGGCUGUGCUUAUUUCCACGAAGAAGAGAGAGAGGGGCUUGCGAAGAUCUGUCGGCUCGCCAUUCAUUCUCGCUAUGAAGACUUCGUGGUGGAUGGAUUUAACGUGCUGUACAACAAGAAGCCCGUCAUUUAUCUCAGUGCAGCCGCUAGGCCUGGCCUGGGCCAGUACCUUUGCAACCAGCUGGGCCUGCCCUUCCCCUGCCUGUGCCGUGUGCCCUGCAACACGAUGUUUGGGUCACAGCAUCAGAUGGAUGUCGCUUUCCUGGAGAAACUGAUCAAAGAUGAUAUCGAACGAGGAAAACUUCCCCUGUUGCUUGUCGCAAAUGCUGGGACCGCAGCUGUGGGCCACACGGACAAGAUCGGCCGCCUGAAAGAGCUGUGUGCGCAGUACGGCAUCUGGCUCCACGUGGAGGGGGUGAAUCUGGCAACGUUGGCCCUGGGCUAUGUCUCCUCGUCAGUGCUGGCCGCAACCAAGUGCGACAGCAUGACCCUGAGCCCUGGCCCCUGGCUGGGCCUGCCCGCCGUUCCUGCAGUCACGCUUUACAAGCACGAUGACCCGGCCUUGGCUUUAGUGGCGGGCCUGACAUCGAAUAAGCCUUCAGACAAGCUCCGGGCCCUGCCCCUGUGGCUGGCUCUCCAGUACCUGGGCCUGGACGGGAUCGUGGAGAGGAUAAAGCACGGCUGUCAGCUGAGUCAGCGGUUGCAAGAGAAUCUGAAGAAAGUGAGCAGCAUCAAGAUCUUGGUAGAGGAUGAGCUCGCCUCUCCCGUCGUGGUGUUCCGAUUCUGCCAGGAGUCCCCAGGCUCAGCGUCAGAUUCGGCACAGAAAGCUGUCCCAGCACCCGGCACAGGGCCUGCCACCAUGGUCCGGGAGAGGCACUGCUGUGACGCCCUGAACCGCUGGCUGGGAGAGGAGCUGAAGCAGCGGGUGCCCGCGAGCGGCCUCACCGUCAUGGACCUGGAGGCGGAGGGCGUGUGCCUGCGCUUCAGCCCGCUGACCACGGCCGCGGUUUUAGGGACUCGGGUGGACGACGUGGACAGACUCGUGGGCUGCAUCGAGACGGAGCUGCCCCUGCUCAGCUGCACUCUGCGGCUGCGGGAGGAGUUCCGGCAGGAGGUGGAGGCCACAGCCAGCCUCUUAUACGUGGAUGACCCCAACUGGCCUGGAAUCGGGGUGGUCAGAUACGAGCAUGCAGGUGAUGACAAGAACAGCCUGCAGCUGGACCCAGAGGGGGACAAGAUUCACACCGGGCUCCUGAAGAAGCUAAAUGAACUGGAGUCGGACCUUGCAUUUAAAAUGGGCCCUGAGUACAAGAGCAGGAAGAGCUGCAUCUACGUCGGCAUGGCCAGCGACGACGUCGACAUUGUGGAGCUCGUGGAGACCAUCGCGGCCACCGCCCGAGACAUCGAGGAGAACUCCAGGCUCCUGGAGAACAUGACCGAGGUCGUCCGGAAAGGGAUCCAGGAAGCGCAGGUCCAGCUGCAGAAGGCCAACGAGGAGCGGCUGCUGGAGGAGGGGGUGUUACGGCAGAUCCCUGUCGUCGGGUCCGUGCUGAACUGGUUUUCUCCCGUGCAAGCCUCCCAGAAGGGAAGAACCUUUAACCUCACAGCAGGCUCCCUCGAGUCCACGGAGCACACCUACGUCUCCAAAGUACAAGGCCCUGGAGUGACCCCGCCACCGACCCCCUCAGGAGCACGCACGAAACUCAGGCUCCCAGGCCACAAGCCCUUCAGAAAGUCCCCGAAAAGCUCCGAUGCUCUGAGUGAGACCAGCUCUGGCAGCCACACAGAAGACUUGGAGAAGGAGCCCCCGCCUGGGUGCAGUGCCCUGGAGGCCGCCAGCCCUGAGGAGCAGCAGCCUGCGGCCAGCACCCCCCAGGAGGCCGAGCAGCCCGGGAUCCUCCGCAAUGGCGCCCAGCCCCCCGGGGAGAGUCGCCCACAGGUAGCAGAGCUGGAGAGCUUGAGAUAAGAGUCGGUGUUGGCUGGGAGACUGUGCCGAGUGUCACUUUCAGGGAAGUUGCAGUUGUGUUGAGAAUGUGAACCGUGCCGCGUGCCGAGACCAAGAGAAAUGACUGUUCUUUGCAUUGGCCUGGGGUUUUGCACGGGUGGAUGCCAGAAAGCCAGGCUUUGGGAGGGGGCAGUUGACUUGUAUCGUGGGUACCUGGAGCCGCCCCAGAAUCUGUUCACCCAGCUCCAUGGAGUCAGGUCGCCCCCACUCCGAUUACCCGAGAACACUGAGUUUGAGGUGCCAGCCGCCUGAAACCCCGCUCCUGCCCUCACCCUAAGCGUCAGCAGUGACUAGUUUGCACAUCCGACUCUGGGAAGCCGCCGUCUGCAGUGCCCCAUUCCCUGCCGUGGGCCUCAGCAGGUGAUACUGGGCUCGGAGGAGAACCGCACUCAGGGGGAUGGUGAUGCAGUGUCGCGGGCCCGCGCGUUCCACCCAGCGGCUGCUUUCCCUGGAGAAGAAAGUAAGGACUGUGUCCACCUCGCUGGGGCAGGGCUAGGCAAGCUGCUCAGAGCCUCCCCCUGCCCAGGCACCAUCCUGCCCUGUCUAUAUGUUUGUAAACAAAGUAAGGAACUGUAAAGCCUCUUCUUGACCACAUACAUACGUGUGUGUGUGUGUGUGUGUGAGACCGUGUGUGUGUGAGUGUGUGUGUGUAUUUUUAAACACUGGUAAAGCUUUUAAAUUGGCACACCAAAACCAACUGCACAUUUCUGUUCAAUACUGAAACCCAGUAGAGCUAGUGCUCCUGGAGCCGAAUGCUAAACGCGCCGCGUAGCGCCUCCUUCCCUCCAUUUGGAGCUGAGUAUUCCCUGGCCCUGCUUCCCGCGGGUGCUCCCCUCCCGGGAGGUAGCCGCUCACCUCAAACCAGAACCGGAAAGGCGAUCUUCCCCCGGCCGACGCGCGCAGACUGCCGCCCCUGGAGCUGGAGGGGAGCCCCGAGCGCCCCCGCCUCUCUCCCCAGCGGCCCCGGCACCGUUCACGUACUGUAGGUCUCGGCCUGUGCCUUAGAGCCCCGCAGAGUCCGGCUCGGGGACAGGCGGGGAUCCACAGCGGGUCUGUAGCGGUAGGAGCCUUAGAGUUAGAGCACAUUAGCCUCUGUAAUUAAACUGAUUGGACGUGAUUUUUGACGGUUGGCGCUUGUCACGGGGCAAGUGUUUUCUUUCCCUUUUUGGGGGGUGGGGAGUUUUGCAGAUGAUCUGAGACUUCCCUGUUUCAUUGGUGCAAUGAAGUAUAGCAGAUAAAAGUGGGAGAAGAAAUUACCACCUUUAACGAGAUUGAUUUUUAAAUGCUUUUAUAUUUUGGAAUUGUUAAAUUGGUUUUGCUGAAGCAAAAUUUCACCCUUGAGAUAACACUUGAAUGUUGGUUUCAAUAAAGGUUCUUGAAAUUGUUA